UCAAAUCGCAUAAUUGGUCGAGCGCCCUCUUUAGUUUAAAAAUAAGUAAACUAUGUACACUGGUUCACAACGUCCAUCGUUUUUUGACGUGUUGAAUGUGGGCGGGAACCAAGUGAAUUAGACAAGUGAAAUAAACAAGCAAGCGAGCAUGCAUGAUGAUCGCGAAUAGACUACUUGUACGGUUCAAGCUAUGUGUCACUGCAGAGAUUAUGCUUGGACAUAACUGGAAAUAUUUGCCCCGAAAUCGGUGAUAAUUUAACCAUUUACAGGCGAUUUCUUGCGAAAGGUAGACUUGAUCAUCCAGCCAUCAUGACAAGUCCGCUAGUGGUUCUUCUUGGCGAGGUUCUGCUCAAUAAGCAGCGUGAGAAGGUCGACCCGUCGUCGCUGGCAGCCGACGGGAGAGUCAUCGGCUUGUAUUUCUCGGCGCACUGGUGCGCUCCGUGCCGCGAGUACACGCCGAUAUUGAGCAACUUUUACAACAGUUUCAACAGUGAAGGGAACGGAGGCGGGGGAAAAAGACUGGAGAUUGUCUUCGUGAGUUCAGAUAAGACAGAGCAGCACUGCGAUGAGCAUUUCAUGCAACACAUGCCUUGGCUUUUACUGCCAUUUUCAGAGAGACACAUCAAGAACAAACUCUGCAAGAGGUUUAAAGUAACAGGCAUCCCAACGUUAGUCCUAAUCAACAGCGUCAGUGCUCAGCUUAUUACAAAUAACGGCCGACUACAAAUGCUGGAUGAUCUGAAAGGAGAACACUUUCCUUGGUACCCAAAGCCUUUCAAUGAAGUCAUCGCGGGCAAACUCCUGAAACAAGGCGACGAGGUCCAAGCAGAGAAAGAGCUCAAAGGCAAAAUAGUGGGCAUCUACUUCUCAGCUCACUGGUGUCCGCCAUGCAAAGCAUUCACACGCGUCCUGACAGACAUGUACAGAAGACUACAGGCCAGCAAGAUGGAAUUUGAGUUUGUCUUCUGUAGUACAGACCGGACGAAAGAUGCCUUUGAAUCCUACUAUAGCAAUAUGCCAUGGCUUGCCUUACCAUACAACGACCCACGAUGCAAUGAGCUGUCCAAAAUGUUUACGAUAUCAGGUAUACCCAGUCUUGUGUUACUUGAUGAGACAGGCAAAGUGAUCACGUUAGAGGGACGUGCUAUGACCGCACAGGACCCUGAAGGACUGGAUUUUCCCUGGUACCCGACACCCUUGCUGGAGCUGGACGAUAGUGCAACUGCAGCAAUCAAUGAAGAGGCUUGUCUCAUUCUAUUUGCAGAUAUUGAAGGUGACGAUGAUGUGAUUGAAGCAAAGGACCUUCUCUUACCUAUCGCCAGAGAGUAUACCGAAAAAGCAGAGGCAACAGGCAAAGAUUGCUCCCUUAGAUUCUUCAUUGGAGGAGAUGAAGAAAUGGUAGACAACCUCCGUGAAUUUCUACGGAUUGAUGAGGACAGCCUCCCCCUCCUACUCAUACUAGACAUCCCUGAACAACGCAUGGUCCGAUGUCAAGAAAGAGAGAUCACGCGAGAGAUUGCACGUGACUUCAUUGAGAAAUACUUAGCUAAUCAGCUGAAAUUUGAAACAUUGGAAGGACUCUGAAGGCCAGAAAUAUAAAUUUUAUUAGUUAUCCCACGAGCGCAAGGGGAACACGGAAUAGAAUUACGUCUGUGUCCCACAUGCCACGGUGCCAAAGGCCGAGUUGGAUAUGAAACAUGGAGGCACUACUUUUUCAGUGUUCCCCUCGUGCUCGUGGGAUAACGAAUAUAUUUAUCUUCAAGCAAAUUCGACUCACAGUAAAGAUGGAAAAUGCAUGCUGUACACGAACCUCACAACCGUUAUUCUAAAUUAGGAAUAGCGUGCGCAUCUUAGAAUAGUGCGAUAUGCCAAGUGCGGUAUGGACCGUGGUAUUAGGUAUAAUAUCGACCAAUCGGGAUCGAGGAUUCAGGUUUGCUUGAAGAUAAAGUAUUGUUUAGCACUGCCACAUUUUAGAUGCUUGAGUAACUGGGGUUUUUUUCAUUUGAGUGUACCAUCAAAGUUUCUGCAGAAUGCUUUUAACAAGAAAAGUCAGUCAUGGAAACAGAAAAAAAAUUGUCUUUAAGUUUAACAGCAGAAAUCUCCUGUUUAACUUACAUGAAUUCUGCAUCAAUGAAGUAGGCAAUCAAGCUUAUUACGUGGAGGUGCUACACGAUCAUUUCAUUGGGGAACUGUGUGAUAUUUUUGCCACAAGGUGUCUUCACCCAUGCCGCAAAAUUGUACUUCAUAUUUUGUUGACAGCUAAAGACUUGUGUAGUAAUAGGGGUUAUGUUUUGUUUCCCCUCAGACACUGUCUGUUUAUAGGGUAACAAAAUAAAGGGCCUACAUGUACUUUAUCACAAUAGGCGUAGUUUCUACAGCUCAAAAAGUACAUUUUUACAAACCUGAAUUUUUACAUUCGAUUCAGGUAAAGCUACUAAAUUGCUUCAAUAAACAGGAUUUUUCCAGCGUUUUUACCCAGAAAAUUGGCUUUAAACCCUCAUCCACUAACAAAUAUGGUUACAUACAUGUAUAGUCAACAAUUGUUUAUAUAUUAAUUGUGAAUAAAAGGAAAGUAGUGGUAGUUCAUAUGAGGCAUGCAUUAGAUUUCAUGCCAUGUACAUAUCAAUUACAGUUAGUGUCUACAGUACUGUGCAAGAAUUGAUGUAACAGAGCCAUGCAUUUGUCAUAUUGUCUGCGAACAACCGUCAAAAUGGUGUACUUUCAAAUGUAAUUUUGUGUUUCAUAUUGUUUAACAGCCAUAUUUCAAUGGUCUACAUGUAGGUCACAGAAAAAAAUAACAAUGUCUCACAUUCUUGGAGAAAAUGUUGGAAAAUGGUUUGUUUAUGUCUGAUCCAGUGAAUUUGUUUCCUGUGUGUAUUUCAAGCAGUAAAUGAAGCCAUUGAAUUUGUAAGAAAAACUGUACCGUCAAGAUAACAGGAGCACUCUGGGACAAUCUUUGCUGGGUUUGCCUGGUCUUGUUCUCCCAGUUUGAUUUGCUAGUUGACCAUGGAAUAAAGCAGUACAGGAAAAAAACUCAAUUCAAAAAAUCGUGAUUGAUAAUCUGUUUCUAAUGGCCUUGAGGCAAAAUAGCACUUGCUGUUUUUUUCAUUGACUCUAAUAUCAUUUAUAUCAAGGUUAAAACAAAAAUAGCCAAUAGUUAUUUUUACGUAAAUAUGUAAUACAACGUUUUUAAUGAGGGACACGAUAGUAGAUGGCAAGCCAGAUGACUUUCGUCCAUGAAACUUGACAUUUCUGAAUUGAAAAUGUCAGUUGUGAUUACCAGGAAUAUUUGGUCUACUGUCUGUUUCAUUAAGAUUCAAUUUGUUACUGAAACGGAAUGCUUUCAUCGUAAUAGAAAGGCCGGAAUUCUAAUUUAUAUGCUGCAGCUGCUUAUCUAGAAUUCAGAAUUUUAAAUGCGUAGAUUUUUCAGAAUAAGAAUUCUAGAUCCUAGAUCUUUCAGUAUUUAGACAUGGAAUUUUGUUUCUUUUACAUUUUAGGGUUGCCAACCCAAAUGCAAAUUUUGUUGAUACAAAUUUAAUUUUCAGGAUGAGACGUUGUUUCAGUAUUUUUUAUUUGAUAAAACCUCAGUAUUCUUUUAAAUAUCAGUGUUAUGUUUUCAGUGAAAUUCAGGUCACAAAAGUAUUGUACAAAAUAUACCCCCCCCCCAAAAAAAGAAAGCAUAGCUGGGUAAGUUAAUUUUUUUUUUUACGAUUGCAAUCAAUUUAGAAGCAGCUGUGUAGAGUUAAUUCUGAUAACAUUGUCCGGCAGUCGGACAGUGUUUUAUAAUAAUAGAAAGAUAUUAAUAUUUUCUUGCUCUUAUUGGAAAGGUGUGGUUGGCAGUGCAUAAAAGCCCGGCUUGAGAUUAAUGUACAAUUGGCGUUUAUCGAAUAGUACCUAUGGACUCUGUGUACAAUAGCGCCCUCAAUGGCAAAAGAAAGAUUGAAGGAUACUCGAGUGCCAUUGCUACUGUGCACGAACAUCCUGUGUUUCUUUGAAAAAACAUUUUAGGGUUUGUGCAUAUGGAGAGGUAAAUUGAUGCUGCGUGCUUUUUGCCAAAUGCAUGUAUAGUUGUAAAACAAUGCACGCCCACAGUCCUUUACUCACUGGCUCUUAAGGAAAGGCCAUAAAGCGCCCCCCAGAGUUCCCAUACAGAGUCCAUAAUUUGCCUGCAUGUCCUUUUAUGUUCACAUGGGCCAAUCAGUGUACACUUCUAUCCCUACUCAUUCACAUGUAAAUAAUUGCUUGUUUUAUGUUGUACAAAACACUGUAUAUUAUUUCAUAUAUUUUAUAUUCUAUAUGGUCUUUGAGUGUCUUGGGCUUUCUGAAUCGGAUCACAUUUGAUAGAUUUAAAAAGAAGUUUUUUUGAUAAAAUAGAUACCCUGCCGCUUUGGUCUGAGCAGGAUUUUUCUUGAAACAUUUGCCCACAAGUACUCUGAGACAAAGUAUUUAGGAUAGUGUUUUUUAAAAUAAAUAUUUGUGUUAAUCCCUUUUUAACAGGUUGUUGACAAUUACAAAGAAAAGUAUUCAAAAUGUUUAAUUUAUUGGCAUAUACAGCAGUUGGAGAUCUAGCAUUUACAGAAGGGGGGGGGGCACCCAAAAUGGAGGCGAAAGCCCAACAUACAAGCAGGGCACAUAUUUGCUCAUGUGGGGAAAAUUUCUGUCUUUUUAUGCAGUUAACAGCAGAAUGUACAGGUAUGAUUAGCAUAAUUGUUCAGUAAAUACUGAUGAUGACAAACACGAUAGAACUGUCCACCAUCAGUGAUGGAACAGGAGUCAUAGUUUUUGGCGAAUUUUAUUUUCAAAGAAAUGGGCCUUUUUAAAAGCUAGCAAUCUGCCAUUUUUGAGAAAUUAGCGCUUUUGGCAAGCUCUAUAAUUAUGUUUUAUUCAUGUAUGCUUUAUUCAUUUGCGUCCCUUUGAAUAAUGGAUUUGCAUCAUAAUGUAUGCAUAUAUAUGCAUGUGUGCUUAAGUAGCUAGAUUGCAGCAUAUUUUUGGAGUAUCAUAUCAUAAUUUUAUAAAAAUUUAAGCAAAGCUUUUAAUCGCAGAUUUAAAAAUAAUUUUAUUUACAUACACGUGAUAUUUCAGAGUAUUCAUUUUAAACGUCUCCCAUACACAACUUUAAGUAUAUGUUUCAAGACCCUGUGUAUAUUAUUGUACAGUUACAAUGAAGAAUAUAGAUGUAAAGUUGAACAAUACUUACCACAAAGCCUGUCCAAAUAUGUGUUCUAUAAGCAUAUGAUUGACCUUACAGUUACACCUAUAAUUGAGCAAAUAAAAAAUGAGAAAUUUAGAACAAUGCCCAACAUCAUGAGCAUGCACAGUAUAAUUAUACUUUCAAAGUUUAAUAACAUUUAGGCAUUAGAUAACUGUUUGAAUAGACAUUAUAGCACAAUACUGCACUAUGUAAAUGGUCUUUAGGCAAUUCAAGCUGGCAUAAUAGCAGACAUUACUGUAUGUGUUCACAGCUUUGUCCAUGACUAAACCUGCUGACGGCAACAGGUUCUCAGUCACUGCACUAUAAGCCAUACUGUUUCACUACAUGUACUUGUGUGUUUGCCCUGUUGGAACUCAAAUGAUGUGUUUUAAGGUUUGUCUUCUGAAGGUGUUAAGUUAUUGUAUCAACGGCUAUGAAAAAAAUUUCCCACAGUAUACGUACGUGUAAAAAUAGGAGUGAAUGUGUAUGUGCAGUAAAAGCAAGGACUUACAAAAACAAAUUUCAAUAGAAUCAUGAAAAUACUAUAAGUUUUCAUCCUACUUAAUUACAAUGGUUAAUGAAUAGUACACAUUUGAAUACAAUAGAUUGGAUACAAUGUGUUUACUAUGUAAUGUCUUCAGAUGUACAAAAGGUUGGAAACAGAUGUCAUAUCUUGAUAAAUUUGGAAGUUGUGUAUUAAACAAUCGUUGUGUGAUGGGGAUGGGAAGGCAUUGUUUUGUUGGAAAACAUAACUCGUCUGGAGUGUGAUUGGAUAAUAAAUGUCUUUCAGACAGGACCCAAGGGUUGUGCAAAGUU